AGGAGAGAGGAAAUGAAUGAGUUUGCUUUCUUUUACUCUGAUGCUGUGAUCAGAUCCAGUUCUCCAUGGCAUCCCCAAGGCUUGAGACUUUCUGCUGUCCCAACAGAGACGAGUCAACCCGAUUUGUUUUAAACUUUCAGUCACGCUUCUUCAGUGCAAUCUGCAUUGGCAGCGCUAGUUUGAGCCUCAUAUUUGCUAUCCUCCAGAUUUUGCCCAAAAGAAGAGGGUAUAGGCGACUGGGGCAGUAUCCUAUGCCGAAGCCAGCAUCCUCAUCUAGGAUUCGUCUCAUCAUCAGUCUCUGUGAUAUCCUGGGAUGUGCAGGGAUACUUCUCAGAUCUUCUGUAUGGCUUGGCUCCCCAAACUUCAUUGCAAAAAUGUCAGUAGUCAAUACCACUGAAGUAUGGCCAGCAGCUUUCUGUGUGGGCAGCGUGAUGUGGAUCCAGUUAUUUUACAGUGCCUCCUUCUGGUGGACGUUCUGCUAUGCAGUGGACGUAUACCUAGUUGUCAAAAGAUUAGCUGGACAAAGCACUAUUGUAUUGUACCACAUGAUAACCUGGGGUCUGGCUGUUCUACUCUGUGUGGAAGGAGUGACUAUGCUCUACUACCCUUCAAUUUCAAGCUGUGAAAAUGGACUGGAACACGCAGUGCUUCAUUACAUCACCACCUAUGCACCUAUUCUUCUAGUUCUGAUUGUUAAUCCGAUCCUGUUCGGCAGAACUGGAACAGCCAUUACUUCACUACUGAAGGGAAGACAAGGAAUUUACACAGAAAAUGAAAGACGACUGGGAACAGAGAUUAAAAUCCGAUUUUUCAAGAUUAUGAUUGUUUUUCUUAUUUGUUGGCUUCCAAAUAUUAUCAACGAGAGCCUUUUGUUCUAUCUGCAAAUGCAGGAAGAUAUCAAAGGGAGCCCCUUGAAAAAUGUCAGGAAUGCAAUCUUGAUUACAUGGUUUAUUAUGGGAUUUCUCAACACACUUGCUUUUCAUGGCUGGACUGGAUGGGAUAUUGACCUCAACAUUCAGAGCCGAAGGGAAAUACCCUGGGAUUCAGGAUCCUCGUCAGCUGCUGCUACGCAUGUCUACAACCCCACUGUCGGCUCUUCACUCAACUACCAGGGUUUCGUCCAAGAUGCUAAGAAGAGCAUGAACGGGAACGGCCAGCAGCACUCUGAUGCCAUAAGCGUCCUCUCUGAAGCUGUAUCGGCGCUAUGCUUUAGUGCGAAAGGUCCCGGGUUCACGCCCGCCCUCCGCCUGUGCGUGGAUUGCUUCGCUCUGUGUGAUGCGUCUGCCUGCGGGAACCAGGAACGCUACAGUUCAGAGUCUAGUACAAUUGAAAAACACAUUUCAAGUGAGCUCCAUGACUUAGAAGGUUUAGAUGCUGAUGGUGAAUCUGUGGAAAACUGAGGAACAUAAACUGGUGAGAUGAACCACCCAACCCGUUACAGAAUCUCUGGAUUCACUGGAUCGAAUUGAACUUGCUUAUUCAUGUGUGUCUUCAAUUCCAUUAUAAAAGCCUCAUUCCACCCCUCUUGCCAAGCUGACAUUAACUCAAACAUCUUUGUAUAAAGAAUGCAUAUUAUGUUCAAACCAGUGUACUAUAUGCAGUGACAUCAAAAGACAGCUCUAUUGUGAAAGAACAAAGUAUGUGUUCAAUCCAAUAAAACUAUUAAAAAUAAUGUUUUUGUUUCCCUAAUUCUGUCAGCCUGACUGACCUUGAACAAAGCCCUGCAUUGGAUAAAUCCCUGGUAAUUGGAGACAUAUAUGUUGUGCAACUGUAUAUGCUAUUCAACUGAAUUCAGUUUUUUGUUGUUUAAACAUUUAAAUUGCAGACCCAUUGAGGUCUACAAUUGAAAUAUUAUUAUCUAUCAGAAGUAGCAAGGCACAUACGCGUGGGUUCCUGAACCUGGAGGCUGGUUUGAUCCAGUGUCAUCAUGUUUUCAUUUGAUUCUAUCUGACAAUUUCGUUUUUUAUUUCUUUUUUUAACGUGACAUGCUGUAAUGUUUGUGACAUUUUUUUUCUUAUAAGC